AUGGUCAAACACAACAAAAAGGGCAAGAAGCUAGACAGAAAGGCUAAAAUCCAACAGGAGGAGGAAGAGCUUCUGAAGCUCCGGAAAAGAAUUGAAGAUUUCGACCCUGCCCAAGACGAGAAAACCAUUUCGCAGUUUGCAGAUUUGCCCAUCACAGAAGCCACGGCUAGAGGUCUUAAAGAGGCCAACUUUGUCUCCAUGACCGACAUUCAGAGGAAAUGCAUCCCUCUUGCUUUGAAAGGCGAAGAUAUCAUGGGUACCGCUCGAACAGGGUCGGGAAAAACCUUGGCUUUUUUGGUUCCUGUGAUUGAACGUUUGGUGCACAGCAAUAUUACAGGCCUUGAUGGACUUGCUGCGUUGAUUAUCUCUCCCACAAGAGAAUUGGCAGUGCAGAUUUUCGAAGUGCUCACGAAAAUCGGCAAACACAAUUCGUUCUCAGCCGGUCUAGUCACUGGAGGAAAGGACGUACAGUAUGAGAAGGAAAGAGUUGCCCGAAUGAACAUUUUAGUUGGCACACCGGGCCGAGUCUCGCAGCACUUGAACGAAACUUUUGGCAUGGACACUUCCAACUUGCAAGUUUUGGUAUUGGAUGAGGCUGACAGAUGUUUGGACAUGGGUUUCAAGAAGCAGAUCGACAGUAUCGUCAGCCACUUGUCACCUGAGAGACAGACUCUUUUGUUUUCGGCAACUCAAUCUGAUAGCAUCAAAGAUCUUGCGAGAUUGUCUUUGACCAACCCAAUCAAAGUUGGCGUUUCCUCGGAUGCAACAUUGUCUGCCACUCCGGAAACUUUGGACCAGUACUAUGUUCGCAUUCCUUUAGAGGAAAAGUUGGACGUCUUGUGGUCGUUCAUCAAGUCCCACUUGAAAUCGAAAAUAUUGGUCUUCUUCUCAUCUUCGAAACAGGUACAGUAUACAUAUGAAUCUUUCCGGACUUUGCAACCGGGUAUUUCGUUAUUGAAAUUAUACGGCCGUCACAAGCAAACGUCAAGAUUGGAGACGACAACGAAAUUCUCGCAUGCCCAGUACGCAUGUUUGUUUGCCACUGACAUUGUUGCUCGUGGUUUAGACUUUCCUGCGAUUGAUUGGGUCGUUCAAGUCGAUUGCCCAGAAGAUGCCGCCACUUAUGUUCAUCGUGUCGGCCGAUGUGCAAGAUUUGGCCGUCCAGGCAAAUCUCUUUUAAUGCUUACACCAUCAGAGGAGGAAGGUAUGUUGAAGAGGUUGAAGAACCAGAACAUCGACAUCAAGAUCAUGAACAUCAAACAAAAGAGCAAGAAAUCCAUCAGACCCCAAUUACAAUCCUUGUGCUUCAAAGAUCCACAAAUGAAGAACCUUGGACAGCGUGCAUUCAUUUCCUACUACAGAUCAGUCUACAUCCAAAAGGAUAAAGAUGUGUUCAAGAUUGAAGACAUUCCCGCAGAAAAAUACGCCGAGUCCUUAGGUCUACCGGGAGCACCAAAAAUCAAGAUCAAGGGAGGUGAAGGAAACAAGGAAAAGAAGAACAUGUCGAGACAGUUGAUGCAAUUGCUGAAGGCCAAUGAUAAUGGAGAAAACGAAGAGGAUGAGGAUGGGAAAAAGAAGGUCAGAACGAAAUAUGACCGUAUGUUUGAGAGGCAGAACCAAACUGUCUUGUCUAAACAGUAUUUGACAAUGACCGGUACAGGGAUCCGGGAUUCCAAAGAAGACGAAGACGACGAAGAAGAUGAUUUCAUGAAGGUCAAGAGACAGGACCACGAUUUGAAGGAGGAAGAACUUCCAGACCUAACCGCUCCGGCGUCAAAGAGAUCCGCCAAAAAAGCCCUUUCAAAGAAAUUGUCUAUUGUCAACAAAGGCAUGCCCACGAAGUUGAAGUUCGACGACGAAGGUAAAGCCCACCCAAUAUAUGAGCUUGAAGACGAGAAGGACUUCAAGGCGAAAGGUGAUGCUAAAAAGCAAAAGGAGGCCUUUGUGUCCAAGGAAACGGAAGUUAUGGGAGAGGCUGAUCUUGAAGAUAAAGAAAUGGCUAGAGCCAAGAGACAAGAAAAGAAGAGAAAGAGAAAGGAGGCUGAAAGAAGAAGCAGAGAGGACGACGACAGCGAUGAAGAAGAAGAAACAGUGGUUACUUUGGGAACCGGUGACUUGGAUAGAGAUCUCGAGUCGCUGUCUGAAGAAGAAAGCGAGCCUGCAACCAAGAAACCUAAGUGGUUCCAAAACGACAAGAAUGUUUCUCGCAACGACGACGCUGGUCUUGUUGAGCUCGAUGCGCCAGAGACUUUGGAAGACUUGGAGGCAUUGACGUCGAGAUUGAUCGGCAACUAA